GGCAGACGCGGUGCCGAGAGGUUGUUGUCGUGCGGCUCUCUGUGUGUGAGUGUGCUUAGUGAAAUAUCAAAGAAUAAGAAGUGAUAAACUAUGAUGCCCUCGAGAUAGCAAGUCUAUAAUAUCAGUGAACAAGGUGUCGAAGCUGUUGCGAAACACUGCUAAAAAAGGGGUUUUCUCUCGUGCUAUCGUCUGAGAAGCCCUUCACCCUUCUCCCCUCUCACUCGCCCCCUCCCCGCACCCACACGCCCAUCCCCCCCCACCCCACGCCCCCCGACGUCCCCCAAGAUGGAGCUCCUCACCACGAAGAUCAUCGCCCUCACCCUCAUGGGUGUCCUCUCCCUCUUCUUCGGCCUCCUUCCCCUCCGCUUGAAGGCGUACAUCCACCACGCGAGCAAGAAGAGGGAGAGGAUCGUGAGCUGCCUCCUUUGCUUCGGCGGGGGCGUCCUCCUGGCCACCGUCUUCACCCACAUGCUUCCGGAGACGCGGGAGAACUUCGCCAACGCCUUCGCUAAGAACGUCCUCACGGUGGGGGCCGACUACCCUCUCGCCGAGCUCGUCACGUGCGCCGGAUUCUUCCUGGUGUACUUCGUCGAGGAAUUCGUUCAUAAGAUCUUCUUCCGUCGGGACCACCAUCACGGCCGCAAGAUGACGAAACUCGCGGCGGCCAUCGAGGGCGAGAACGGCCACACGCAUCACCAUCACCACCACCACCACCACCCGCACUCCCACCAUCACCACCACGCCCACAAUCACGCCCACACCAACGGAACCUCACCCACGGACGUCCAGCCGGUCAAACCCGACCCUGUGCAGAAUGGGAAGAAGACCCAAGAGGCCGGGCGGUGUGCUGUGUACUCCAUCACGGGCGCUGUGGAUUCGUCUAGGGGCGUGGGCGCAGGCGGUGCCGGAGACGUCUCUUCGAAGACCCGUUGGGCGGAGUCUGGUGUCGAUAACCCGGUCUUUGCAGGAGAUAUUGAUGCUGUGACCUGGAACCCCGAACUCAAGGAUUCUAUUACCAACGGCACGCAGGUGGUUCCUGUGACGACCUCGUCCAGCAGCGCCGUCCCCGAGGCAGUUGGACACGGCGGCCAUGGCCACGGCCACUCCCACCUCAACAUUGGCAAACUCGGAAGCAAAGGCCUGGCCUCCAACCUGCGCUCCUUGUUGGUCAUUCUCGCGCUGUCCUUCCAUUCCGUGUUCGAGGGCUUGGCAGUGGGCCUCCAGGAGAAAGAGGUGGACGUGUGGUACCUCUUCGGAGCCAUCUGCGCGCACAAGCUGGUUAUCGCCUUCUGCAUGGGACUGGAGCUCCUGGUAGCGGGCACGGUGGUAGGCCUCAUGGUCGUCUACAUGGUUGUGUUCGCCCUCGUGUCGCCGCUGGGGAUCGCCAUCGGGAUCAUCGUCACCGAGAACAUUACCUCGAACGACGGAGGGCAUCUGGUUGCCGUGACCAUCCUGCAGGGCCUCGCGGGCGGGACCAUUCUUUACGUGACGUUCUUUGAGGUGCUGGAGCGAGAGCGCAACCACGGCGGCGGGAGGCUGAUGAAGCUCCUGUUCAUCGUGCUCGGCUUCGGCGCUAUGGCUGCCGUGGAGGCCGUGGGAGGGCACUCGCACGGGCCCAGCGGCCACGGGCACAGCCACGGCGGGCACUCGCACGGCGGCGGGGCGUCCUCCCUCGGCUUGGACGACGGCUUCCACGACCACGAUCACGACGAUCACGACCACGGACACGACCACGGACACGACCACCACGACCAUGACCACCACGGCCAUGAUCAUCACGGACACGACCACUAAGGCUGACAAGCCUCGUGUAGUGUAAUCAAAGGACUUUGAUUUGUGUUGUCGUUCCUGCGCGAGGGAACGACAUCAGCUGGUCGUUCUCCUGACUGCAAGGGAGCGAGGCGACGACGCUCGCUUCCCUGCUGUGGCUGUGAUCCAAGGACUUGAAGUGAAAAGCCAAAAUUGGAAACUAGGAAGCGAGCAGCGACAGACGCGAGUGGCUAGCGAUCUCGGCCGUGUGAUCACCCUGUACCAUAUAAGAUUAGUGCCUUAAGGAGAAUUUUAAAAAGAACAGUUUCUUCCCUUUUUUCUCUCUGUGUGAGAAUUCAAUUCUUCCUGAGAUAUAACAGUGCUGAAAGAAAUAUAUAUAUAUAUAUAUAUAUAUAUAUAUGUAUAUAUAUAUAAGACACAAACAUUCCACUGAAUUCUUUACUGAAAUAUUUAGAAAAUAAAAACAUUUUAAGUAGCUAUCUUUAUUAAAGGUGGUUUUCCGUACGUGCAUUUGCUGAUUAGUGGCCAAAAUAUUCAGAAAUCCAGUGUUCCAGGUAUUCUAGUGUGUUCCGAAUGUGCUUACAAAGGCGGCACCAAAAACGUGUUAGUUUUGGCUUCUCGUAACAGCGAGUUUCUUCCCUUCUCUUUUCUCUUUAGUGUUAAUUAAUAGUGACCUUAUGUCUAUGGUCGCAUUUUUAUAUCAUGGUAUUUCAUCUUUUCGCGGUUGAUAAAGUCAUUUGAUUCUUUUAAUGAGAACAAAUUUUAUCAACAUUCCCUCACAAAUAUCUUAUCCAACUUCUUGGUUAUCUCAAAGACUGUCGCGAAAACAUUCAUAGUGAGAGUACUUAAGUCACUUUGACCGACCUUCCUUGCGGUAAUAAAAAUAUAUCACAUUACGAAAAUCUUUAAAAAAUGAAAGCUAUUGAUACACACAAAGAAAACUAAUUAUGUGUUGAUAUACAUCAUAUUUUCAACAUCAUAACGUUGCAGGACUGUAUGCACGCUGUGGCAAAGUAAGAAAAGCUCUGGAAGGAUAAAUCUGUUUUUGCUUGCUUUUGCCGACGGGGAUAAAGGAGAUAAAAGAGAAUGAAAAACGGUUUCAGUGAAAGGGUUAGAAAACGAAGUGAGGUUUACUGGGCGGGGUGUUGGGGGGAGGGGGGGAGCAUGCCCCGAGGGUGGUUAACGGUCAGUCUCGCCCUACAGACCUCUCAACCUUACUUUCCUCCGUCUUCUCAGCUCCGUAGUUAUCGAAUGACAUUGAACUUGUCUGGUUGGAUAUAUGACAUUCGUGACUUCUUUCAUUUGUUUAGUAAUGGGGUACCUCACGCUGCGAAUUAAAAACCCAAUGAUACAAAUAAUGUUCCUGCGUUAACAUCAACAACGGAAACCGACCCAGAGAAAACGUACGCGUCCUUACCAAAAACAAACCCAAACCCGAAAACAAAUAAAAACAACCAAUAAAGCAAACUGCAACAUCAAUUCCACGCAACGGUUGUAAAGCCCUUGACCUUGUGACGUCACAUUGCAUCACUUUUCCUUUCCUUGCUAGGGUUUCUUCGAGACAUCUUAUAAGGGUGAUGCUUCCCUCCCCCCCUGCCCCCUCCCCCCCGACCCCCCUGCCACCUGGCGGAAGAGGCGUGGGAACGUGUUGCUCUUUAUUGAUUUUGUUAAUUAAUUUUUUUUUUCUCUCUCUUUUUGAUAUGUAUGUUUAUUUGUUUCUUUAUUCUUUAUUUUUUUUUUUUUUUUUAAUAAUUUAGAUAUAUAUAUUUUUAAUUUUUUUGUUUUUUUUUAAGAUUCGUAUCUAAAUUACACUGAUUAGUUACAUAUGUUGAAAGAACUAGAG